AUGGCGAUGAUGAUGACUGGCCGUGUGCUGCUGGUGUGUGCCCUCUGCGUGCUGUGGUGCGGUGCCGGCGGUAGGUGUGAAGAGGAGGUGGUACCUGUUGCCGAAAUAACUGUUGAUUCUGCGAGUGGUGGUGUUGUUACCGACAAAGAAAUCGAUCGUACGGUGACUGGUGGAGCAGGAAACCCUUCCGUAGAGAAAACACAGCCGCAAAACGUUGAAGAUUCCGCACCCGGGUCCCCGCAAUCGCAAGCUGGCUCAGAUAUUGAAUUAACAAAACAGCAGCCACACACCGACCAAAAAAAUACGGAUCCACCGCCACAUUCAAAAUCACUGCAAGAAGAGCGGCGUGAUGGAACAUCCGAAAAUUCGCCAGGGGAAUCGGCGACUUCACUCAGUCAAGGGGACACGAAGCAUGCAUCUAUUGAAAGUCCGGAGCGUAAUAAUCCGCCAACUGUUUCAAGUAACGACGAUGUUGUCAGCCGUAAAAGUGAGGAGCGCACAGAAGAUAAUUCGGGGAGUACUGAAACUCAUGUUGCCGCACCGUCAGAAGAGGGGCAGGAGCGUGAAAAUGUCACUUCUUCCUUGGAACAACCUCGGGAAACUUCCACAGCCGCACCGAACGUUACCACUCAAACAACCUCCAUGACGCCGCCUAAAGACAGUGAAAGCAGCAGCGUCAAAAUGAGUGAGGCAUCACCUCAAUCAACAGGGACCGCCAACACAAAUCAAACGGCGACGAUUACACAAAACAGUGACGGCAGCACCGCGGCCUCCCACACCACCUCCCCUCCCUUGCUUCUUCUUGUUGUUGUUGUGUGUGCGGCUGCUGCUGCGGUGGCCGCGUGA